AUGCAGGCAUUGUGCCUCCUACCCUUGCAUCGCGAGGUCCGCACGCGCAACCCGACCACCACAUUAUCCGAUAGUCUACUGAGACCUAACUUGUCCGCACGAAGGUUGGAGUUAAGUAAGGAUGGCAGCGAGCGUGUGAAGCUGUCGAGGUUAAUGCGCUGGCUUGUUGAAGCAGAUUCGGCUGCUGUCGGUACCGAUAGAGGCGUUCGCGUGCGUUGGAUCGAUGGGGCGGUCGUGCGUGCGGUGAAGACGGAGUCCAGCGCAGUCGUUGAUGGAGCUGCGGAUGUCGGUGUGGUCAGCGCUCGUGUGCGCGUUCGGUGA